AUGUUGGCAUUUAAUGAAUAUUUUUCAAUUAUUGAUCACACUAGUAUCCUUACUGAACACAACGAUUUCAUCCCUAAACCAAUCAAACAGUUGAGAGAUUCUACAUUGAAAUCAUCUAUGGAAAAUGUAAUAAUGAAAAAUAUAUCAAUUGAAAACAAUGAUAUCAGUAAAGAAUAUAAUCUUAUAAGGAGGGACCCAAAAAAGCCACCCAUGAAGCAGCUACUUAAAACUAUG